CUCUCCAAAGCGGAAACUGCUUGUCGUUGACUGAAGCAACAUGGUGUCACCCUUGAGGCAAUGUGAAUGUAAACAAGCGGCUCAUCUCUGUCACAGUAUUUAGUGUUUUAUAGUCUACAGUAGGAACGUUUCGGGUUUAGGAGCGUCAUGGCUCUUCGGGUGUUCGGCCGUCUGCUCAGAGAUGGAGCCGUCAUCUCCACGCGGCUGAUCGGGUCUGCUCGGCAGGAAAGUGCGUCAUGCCUCCUCGCUGCGGGAAGCGCUGCCGCCUGCAGCCGAGGCGGGAGGCACGGAUUCAUCUUCACUCCCGCUUGUUUUAUUACAUCUGAAGCAUUUCUCGGCGGAGUGAUGAAAGGCAAAGCAGCGGAGACGGACGGCGACGUUUAUCACCUCCCAGCCUCAGUUCCUCCAGACGGCAGUGAACAGGUAUCCUUGUUGAAGAGACAUCCUGACCAGCCUCCCGACUCAAAGGUGCUGAAGGUGGCUAUAAUCGGAGCGCCAAACGCCGGGAAGUCCACGCUGUCCAAUCAGCUCCUCGGCAGAAAGGUGUUUGCUGUAUCCAAGAAAGUUCACACAACAAGGUCACGUUCUCUGGGCGUCCUAACAGAGGCCAGCACACAGAUUAUUUUGCUGGACACCCCCGGCCUCACCACACCGUUGAAGGCUAAAAGACACCAGCUGGAGAAAUCCUUGCUCGUGGAUCCCUGGAACACCGUCAAAGAAGCUGACCUGAUGGUUGUCAUGGUGGACGUGUCAGACAGAUGGAUGUGCUUCAUGCUGGACUUCGAGGUGUUGAAAUGUCUAGCCAAGCAUCCGCAUACCCCAGCAAUCCUGGUGCUCAACAAGGUGGACCUGUUGAAGGUCAAGAACAGGCUGCUGGACAUCACGGCGCAGCUGACGUGUGGCGUGGUGAACGGACGGAGGCUGCGGGUCAGGCCCGUCAUCAAGCCUCCCUGGGCUAGAAAGAAACCAGAGAGGAGUUCCGAGUUAUCGCCCGACGAGGAAGCGGCAGCGCUUGAGGGCGGUGAAGCGCCAGACUCUGUGCUGAGCAAAGAGAAACUGAAGCAGCUGAAGAGUCAGCAGGGCUGGCCUCACUUUAAGGACGUCUUCAUGCUGUCUUCUGUGGACAGAGAGGAUGUGGAGACUCUGAAGAGCUACUUCCUGGCUGAAGCCAAGCCCGGGCCCUGGAAGUACCACAGCGAGGUUCUGACUGACCAGAGUCCAGAGGACGUCUGCACCAACAUCAUCAGGGAAAAGCUGCUGGAGUAUCUGCCACAGGAAGUGCCCUACUCCAUGACCCAGUCUAUUGAACUCUGGCAGGACGGAGAAAACGGGGAGCUGGAUAUUUCUGUGAAGCUGUACACCAAGAAAGAAACUCACAUGACAAUGGUGAUCGGCGCGGCCGGCCAGACGGUGGCGCGCAUCGCCCGGGAGGCGGGGGAGGACCUCAGCCGGGUCUACCUGAGGGACGUCAGGCUGAAGAUCUCUGCUAAGAUGAAGAAGAAGAAGUGAAGAAGACCGAGAGCUCCUGGAACCUUUCUGCCUGCUCUAUUGUGACUCUUUUUUUUUUUUUCUCUGCCAAAGACAGAACCGGAGCUAAAGAGGUUAUGGCCUCAUCAUGAGUAUGACACGGAGCCGGGAGGCAGCAUAUGCUCCAUCUCCAGUCCAAGAACCGCCAUGGACCUGGCGCCGGUCUCACAAAAGGACGUUUUACUCCUCCUUUGUUUCAUUUCAGGAACCCACUGUGUCUUCGUUUAACCCGUUUGCGGGGACAUGUUGCUGUAUUUAGAAGUGAGGGUGGGGUGUCCAAACUUUACGCAGACAACAGACGAAUCGAAAUGUUGCAGCAGAAUAAAACCCAGCUUGAAGUGUCGGCGUAUUUUUAAGCUCCGGUACCUUUUUGGUAGCAAACAUGACACGGCGGCUCAUCAAAUGGAUGUUUUGACACGACUUUGACAGCUCCUUCAUGGCUGAGCGGGUUUGGCAGGCUGUGAAAAGGCCGACGUUUUUAUCUUUGGCUCUCAGGGCUUUUUCUUCCCUCGGCGGGCACAAACGCUGCGCUGUAGAUAAACCGAAGGCGAGAGCUGCACCGUCAUGUUCACUCACAUGUCCCUGAUGUACCGUCCAACCCAGUUCCCUCCACUCCCUUCAUCACUUUAGCCGUCUCUGCUGCCCUUUGAAGUGUAGCCAUCCAUCUCUGCGACCAUCACUUUCCCUCUUUUUCUUUUUCUUCUUCUUCUCCUCCGUGUUUUUAACGCUCGCUCCGUUCUUUUGGCUCCUAUAAAGCCCAUCUCUGCCUCCGAGGGCUACAUUGUCUCCCUAAUGGAUGGGGAAAGUGGAGCACUAACCUGGUGCUAAAGUGGGUCAGAUAAUGGGGAUUAGAUUCAUUCCCGCUGCCUGUGGGUUAACUCAGCAGUUCAGGGCAUCUUGAUGAAUAACCAGCUAGUAAGUGUCCUGAUGUCAGGGAAGGUGGGGGGUGAGAGUUUCCUCACAGACUGAAGCUGUCAGUCCCCGAAGCGCUCCUUGUUCUCUGAACAGCUGCUACCUCCCCUCUUGAUUUGACAGAGCAAAAAAUCGCUGCCUUAGACAAGCUAACUCCAGCUCAGUCCAGAAAAUUAAUUUAGAUCUAAUGCAGGAUGUCCGCGCAUUCUUAAAAAGCCUACAAGUCAUGUAACUGAAUUUUUU